GACAAUUCUUUAGUCGAGCUACUUAGAUUCUGAAAGUUGGCUAUUCUUUUUAAUUUUUUUCUUAUUUUCUAUGUAAUCCGGUGACACUCUGAUCGCUAGCUAGCUAUAAAUAUCUCACCCGCUGCAUGGAACUCCGUUGAUUUGGAGACGGAGACGGAGGUGAAGAUCAGGGUGAAGGAUCUCGCCGGAAAACGAGGGGAAAUGCCGGCGAAGAUGAAACGGAGAGGGCAGAACCUCGGUCGUGGGGACCGAGUUGACUCGGAAGAGAACGGAACCGCGAAGGAGAAGAGAUCGCAGAGGCGCUUAGUGAGGUUCGAGGAGUUACCUGAGUAUCUGAAGGAUAACGAGUUUAUAUUGAAGUAUUACCGGUGCGAAUGGCCUUUGAAGGAUACGCUUCUCAGCGUCUUCGCUUUGCACAACGAGACGCUCAAUAUCUGGACGCAUUUGGCGGGGUUUCUGAUCUUUUUUAUAUUGACGGUGUUGAGCUCGUUGGAGAGGACGAAGAUUGAUGGCAUAUUUGCGAUUUUCUUCAGACCUGCGUUUCAGACACCGUUGAUGACGAUGAGGAUGACGGCGAGAAAGUCGACCGGCACCAAUGGCUCCGAUCCUUUCUUCCAGGAUUCACAGGUAGGACACGUUUCGCCUUCAUCAAUGCUAGAUAUGGAUAGAUACGGUGACUCUUCUACAAUUCCUCAAUGGCCCUGGUUUGUGUUCCUCGCGGGCGCCAUGGGCUGCUUUUUUUGCAGCUCCAUCUCCCACCUCUUCGCUUGCCAUUCCAAACGGUUCAACUUCUUCUUCUGGCGCCUCGACUACGUCGGCAUUUCCCUAAUGAUUGUCUCCUCCUUCUUCGCUCCCAUCUACUACGCCUUCUUCUGCAAUCCACACGCCCGGCUCCUUUACCUCACCUCCAUUUCAUUCUUCGGCCUCCUCGCCAUCACCACCCUCCUCGCACCCGGUCUCUCUUCUCCCCGGUUUCGCUCCUUCCGGGCCUCACUUUUUCUCACCAUGGGCUUCUCCGGCCUGAUUCCGGCGGCCCAUGCCAUGGUUCUCUUCUGGGACCACCCCCAGAUUCUCGUGGCCGUCGGCUAUGAGCUCGUCAUGGGAGUCUUAUACGCUAUAGGCGCAGGUUUCUAUGUACGUAGGGUGCCCGAGCGAUGGAUGCCGGGAGCAUUUGAUAUUGCAGGGCACAGCCACCAGAUUUUCCACGUCUUCGUUGUCGCCGGAGCGCUUGCCCACAGCGCCGCUACCUUGGUUGUCAUGGACUGGCGCCGGGGUUUGCCAAACUGUGAUAGGAUAUAGUUAAUUAAUUAGCUACAGCCUACACACGGCACGACACUUUUGAUGAGGGACCAUUUUCGAAGACGCAACAAUUGUUUGUGCUCUGCCUCUCUUCUCCUCCCAGGGUACAUAAGCCUUGAUAUUUUUUUCAAGGACAGGUUAUUGUUGUGUUGUGCUUCUUGACAUUAUUCAAGAAACAUAAUGAUUACAUGAUGAUGAUGAGUUUAGUGUACUGUAAUUGGUUUUUGGCCCGGGCUGUUUGCCGAGGAACUUGUGGCAUAGAGGCCUUUGUAUUCGAAUGACGUGGAACUAUUCAUACUGGAGUCUCUGAUGAAUAUAUUGCCAAUUGCUAAUUAAUGAUAGCUAAAGGGAACUGCUUCGAUA